AAGAACAAAGGUCCCAAAACGGACAUAAAUACGUGAGAGUGAGUUUGAGAGAGUUUUUUCGAAAUGAAGGCGGUGCAUUGGCUUCUGAUGGUGGCCGUGGCCUGGUGGUUGCGACAAGGUGGCGCUCCCCCUGUGCCCGGAAACUGCGAACACCAGUGUGGUGCUGUGGCCAUACCUUUUCCGUUCGGGGUCGAAACCAAUUGUGCGAGGUCCGAAAAUUUUUUGCUCAAUUGCAACGACACCGAAGGGAGCGGUAUUCAACUCCAGUGGGGGGAUCUUACGAUACGCAAUAUCUCGGUCGAGGCCUCGACCAUGGCCGUCAGCGUCCCCGAAGCAUACCAGUGCUACGAUCAGAAUGGCUAUCCGGCAGACUAUGAAGAUCCUCUGAUCAUCGAUCUAUCUACGAAUCCUCGGUGCAGAUUUUCGGACACCCAGAACAAGCUCACCGUCCUCGGCUGCAACACCGCCGCGGCCUUGGACGACGGCCAAGGGAUGUUUGGGAGCAGUUGCAUCACCUUCUGCAGCGAAUACGAAACCAACAACUUGGCCAAGGUGACCACUUGCUCCGGUCGAGGUUGCUGUCAAGCAUCCAUCCCAAAGGGGCUCCAGAAGCUCAACAUUAGCAUCUUCCCCCUCGGCCCGAACGUGCCGGCCUUGCAGAUCAACCGGUGCGCACUGGCCUUCGUGGCGGACAACAAAUUGUUCAACGACUCAGGCCGGACUCUCCCGCGGUUUGGGGACGUGCGCAAGGGCGAGGAACUCGUUCUGGACUGGAUGGUCGAACCGGACGUGACUUGUCAAAAGGCCAAACUGAACCAGUCGAGCUAUGCCUGUGGUAAGAACUCGGAUUGUGAGGACUUCGGGAAUGGACCGGGCUACCGUUGCGUUUGCAAGCCUGGGUACAAUGGGAAUCCCUAUAAUCCCAAAGAUGGGUGUAUAGACAUCGAUGAGUGCAAAGAGCCAAAUAAAUACCAGUGUUCUUGGAAGUGCAAGAAUACGCCCGGGAACUACACAUGCCUGUGCCGGUUUGGAAUGCAGGGCAAUGGUAAAGGCGGUUGCCGAAUUGCUCGUUGGAUCGAAGUUGUUUCAGCGCUUAUUGGGGCCUUCUUCUUCAUGGCUGUUGGUACUUUAGUCUUUAAAAAGUGGCAGAGGAGGAGAAUCAAAAAAAGAAACUUCAGCCGAAAUAGUGGAGAGCUCUUGAAACACCAAAGAGUUCAAAUCUUUACGGAGACAGAACUGGCAAAAGCAACCAACAACUAUGAUGAUAGCAAUAAGCUCGGCGAGGGUGGUUUCGGUUCUGUCUAUAGAGGCACAAUGGCGGGGGACACCGUGGUCGCAGUGAAGAAGCCUAAAGAUGUGCACAAGUCUCUAAUCAAGGGGGAUUUCCAACAUGAACUUGAAAUUGUGAUGCAAAUAAACCACAAAAAUGUGGUGAAGCUCCAUGGCGUAUGUUUGGAAACUAGAAUACCAUUGCUAGUUUAUGAAUACAUUUCGAAUGGUACCCUUUUCCAACACAUCCAUCAAAAUGUGUCGACCACCUUUAGAUCGUGGAAAAACCGGCUUAGAAUAGCCGCCGAAGCUGCUCUUGCACUCGAGUAUAUGCAUUCCUGUGCAGAACCUCCAAUCAUUCAUGGUGACAUCAAGUCGGUGAACAUACUUCUGGAUCAAAAGUACUCAGUAAAAGUAUCUGAUUUUGGAACUUCGGUACUUAUAUCACCGGAGCGUAGUCAUGUCUUAGCCAAUGAAAUACAAGGCACAUUGGGCUACAUCGAUCCGGAAUAUUUAACUACCGGUAUGCUAACAGUUAACAGUGAUGUAUACAGCUUUGGAGCUGUCCUCGUGGAGUUGCUCACGGGAAAGAAGCCUACAAGUUUUGUUACUAAGUCCGGAGAGUCGAUCAAUAUCGUCCAUUAUUUCAUCUCUUCCGUGAAGGAUAAGACACUCUCCGAUGUCAUAAACUUCGAGGACACUAGUGAAGAUGAAAUGGAGAGAGUAGGAAUGGUUGCUGAGAUUGCAGUGAAGUGCUUGGACCAAUGUGGUGCGAGGAGGCCGGCAAUGAGGGAAGUGGCUGAGCAACUCACCAGGAUUAACCGCGAGCUCAACAGCUCAACAGUUGAAGAAAACAAGGAAGAGACCGAAAGCGAGUUGGAUGAAGAAAACCUCUCCUCCCUUGCGACUUCAAUUACUUCCAAGAUGAGCCAACAUGGGACGUCGGCCUCUCUUUUCUAUUCAGCAGGUUCCAGCAUCUGAUCCUCUGUUACUAUAGGGACAUGCCUAUUAAUUGCCCAUGAGGACUUCUAGGGUUGAUUGUGUAUUCUGAAUAUAUGUAAUGUUUGCCAUUUGUUUUGGACUUAUAGUUGUGCGACCAUUUGUGCAAGUUUAAGUCUCACAAUCUAAUAUUAUGUAUGAACAUCUGUGCAUUGA